AUGCCCUCGGUUGCCACUGCUCGCACCCCGGCGCUUACAGCCACCCCUUCAACCCACUACUCGAAAAUGCUGGCGGCUUCGUCCCCCAUCUCUAUCCUUAAACCCGCCAAACCAACUGGCACGAAACGCACAAUGGAGGAAGCGGAGCUCAGUCUUUCCCCCUCAUCCUCCUUCUCGGAUGCCGGCGCCGAAGACGUCCACGUCAAGAAACGCCCCCGCGUUACCUUUGCCGAGAAGGCCGAAAGCCAGGCGCCCCCGAUCGCCGUGACACAAACAACUACAACCAUGGCCCCGAUGAAGAGCUUACCUGUUGUUCGGGAAGAGGUCCGAAAGGCAAUCCAUCGCCAUGUCAUGAUGGGAGAGAAUGAGGCGUACGACGAAAUCAAGGAGAUUUUCACCGCCGACCCGAAGAAGGCGGACGAUCCAGCCUACUCAUACGAACUCCCUACGCAUGCCGACCUAAGGAACCAUCUUAUGGGCCUUCUAUCACACAUCUCUUCUUUGGAUCGCAACUGCAGUAGCCUGGUCACUGCCAUUCUGAACAGCGAAUGGCUCGGUCGGGAUGACUCCUAUGUCAAACUUUUUACUCGGUUCUUGGGUAACUUGGCCGCUGCACAGGGUGGAUACCUCUCCCUCGUCCUCAAAAUGCUCGUCACCAAGCUUGCCGGUAUCCCUCGAGGAACGGGCCGACUUCCUGGCUACUCCCCUGUGUCCACACCUGAGAUAUUCAACCGGGUCCACAAGGCGCUCCGCCAUGUGAUGCGUCUUAUCCCAGCUGGAAGUGGAGCAUUGUCGCCUCUUCUGUCAUCACAAUUUCCUUUCGACACAGACUCGGCCAAAUCCUACAUUUGCUACACCCAGAACCUCAUCCGGAUUGUUAGCUAUACCCCAGAACUGCAGUCCGAUAUUCUCGCUGUUAUCACUGAAAAACUUGUUAAAGUUGAUGUUCAAAUUCAAGUAGACCUCGAAGACUUCGAGGAUGAACUUGGGGAAGACCUUCUCCAAGAUGUAUCACCCGAGGAGGAUGUCGACGAUGAAGCCGAUGACGAUUCGAUUGUCAGUGACGAGUCGGAUGACGAUAGCAAUCGUGUUACAGAAAUCAAAGGAAACAUUCAGAAGGUGGAUGGCAUGAUCGAUAUUCUGUUUGAGUACUACACGCCGCCUUUCAUGACGGGCAGCUUGGACGACAAGGAAAACGCCUUGGAUCUUUUAUUGAGCCACUUCCAAACCAUCAUUCUCCCAACCUACCGCUCUCGACACUCUCAAUUCCUCCUCUUCCAUUUCUCCCAGUGCUCGCCGGUUCUUGUCGAUCGAUUCGCCUCGGCCUGUGUCCAAAUCAUCUUCAACAAACUCCAGCCCAGCCUAACCCGGCAAUCGGCGGCCGCCUACCUGGCCAGCUUUGUCGCUCGCGGCGCCCACAUCUCCGGCGAGGUCGUCCGGGAUGUCUUUGAUAUCUUGCUCACCCACCUAAACAACCUUCGUGACUCGUUUGAAGACGGCUGCCGUGGACCGGAUCUGCGCCGCUACGGGCCAUUCUACUCCACCGCCCAAGCCAUUAUCUACAUCUUCUGCUUCCGAUGGCGCGACCUGACGACCGCCGCAAUUGAUGGUGACAGCCCUGAGCAGGUCGAGGAGUUGGAGCCAAGUCAGGUGGGAUUCCCGCCAAACAUCAAGGAAAUUCUUCAUAAGUCGAUCUACUCGCGUUUGAAUCCUCUCAAAAUCUGUUCGCCUGGUAUUGUCACGGAAUUCGCCCGCAUCGCUCACCACUUCCAACUACUCUACGUUUACCCCCUUCUCGAAACCAACAAGCGACUCCGCGUCUCUGCCUUCCGCAGUAUUGCCAGCCUUACCAAUGCCAACUUCGGCUCGGUCGAACGCGAUGUCCGUGCCGGCGAUCACCUGGGCUACCAACUGGACGCAUACUUCCCCUUCGACCCUUACCAGCUCCCGCGCAGCCGGCGCUGGCUGGAAGGGGACUAUGUCGAAUGGCGCGGAAUCCCCGGCCUAGACGAUGACGAUGACUCCGACAGCGAGGCCGAUGAUGACGGCGAAGAUGAUGAAGAGAUUGCCACGGCAACAGACGAAGAGUAA